CCACCGCCGCCGUCGCCGCCGCCGCCGCCGCCGCCGCUGCUGCAGCCGGAGUUGGAGGAGGGAGAAGCCAGGAAGAAAAUGGCGGCCGUGGCUGCAGAGGCGGCGGCGACUGCAGCGUCCCCCGGGGAGGGGGGCGCCGGCGAGGCUGAGCCGGAGAUGGAGCCCAUUCCCGGCAGUGAGGCCGGCACUGACCCCCUCCCGGUCACGGCCACUGAAGCGUCGGUGCCAGCCGGCGAGGCCGACGGGCAGCCGUCCGCUCCUCAGGCCGACGAGCAGCCGCUCCCGCCGCCACCGCCGCCGCCAGGGGAGCUCGCCCGCAGCCCGGAGGCGGCGGGGCCGGAGCUGGAGGCUGAGGACAAGCUGCCGGUUGGGGUGGCGGAGCCGGCGGUCGCCGCGCCCCAGCCAGGGCCGGACCUUCCCGCUUCCCCAGCACCGCUGCCCGAGCAGCCGCCGGCUCCCGAGGAGCGCGAGGACACGCCGCUGCCCCCGGCCGCAGCCCCGGCGCUCGUGCUGCCGGCGGGCGGGGACUCGGCGGUGUCGCAACUGAUCCCGGGUUCGGAGGUGCGGGUCACGCUGGACCACAUCAUUGAGGACGCGCUCGUCGUGUCGUUCCGCCUCGGGGAGAAGCUCUUCUCCGGGGUCCUCAUGGAUCUGUCCAAAAGGUUUGGGCCCCAUGGGAUCCCUGUGACAGUAUUUCCCAAGAGGGAAUAUAAGGAGAAACCGGAAGCCACGCAGCUCCAAAGUAACACAUUCCAGCAAGGGCCACAAGUGAAGCGCGAAGUGAGCGGCGCCGUUCCCCAGGACCCCUCUCCUGUGCCCCCUCCUGAGCUGAGCCUGGCUGAAAGCCUGUGGACUGCCAAGCCGCCACCCCUCUUCCACGAAGGAGCACCUUAUCCCCCGCCUUUGUUUAUCAGGGACACAUAUAACCAAUCAAUACCUCAGCCCCCUCCUCGGAAAAUUAAGCGACCCAAGCGAAAAAUGUACAGGGAAGAACCCACUUCGAUAAUGAAUGCCAUUAAGCUUCGACCCAGGCAAGUCCUGUGCGACAAGUGUAAAAACAGUGUUGUUGCUGAGAAAAAGGAAAUUCGCAAAGGUAGUGCGAGUGACUCUUCUAAGUAUGACGAUAGGAAGCGCAGGAACGAGAGCAUCGCUACUGUGAACAAAAAGCUGAAAACUGACCCCAAAGUGGAUGGGAAAAGCCACCACGAAAGCCAGAAGAGAAGCGCCGUGGUGAAGGUCUCCAGCAUGGCGCACGGCCGAGGCAGGGUGGUGAAGGUGGCCCAGGCGACGUCCUCCAAGGCUCAGCUGAGCGCUAAGAAGGUGCUGCAGACCAAGAACAUGGAGCAGGCCAAGGCCCGCGAGGUGCUGAAGAUGGCCAGGGACAAGGCGCAGAAGAAGCAGAGCGACAGCGCCUCUUCCAGAGCCGCGCACCCCAAGGCGCACCUGACGCGGCGCUACCAGAGCCCCAGCUCCGGGGCCCUGCCGCCCCGGGUCCGCUUAAAACCGCAGCGGUACAGGAACGAGGAAAAUGACUCCUCUCUCAAGACGGGACUCGAGAAAAUCCGGAGCGGCAAGCUGGCGCCCAAGCCGCAGUCGCGCUGCACCUCCACCCGCUCCGCAGGUCUCAACAAAUGGCAGCUAUUACAUCAGACAGUGACGAAUCCUGCUGCUCCCUUACAGUGUCUGACAGACCACUGUGGAUUCAGACUGGGAGCAUUGAAGUUAACAGUGAAACGGGCAGCACAAAGACAUUAGCAGGCUGCUGGUUUCACGGACCUGUACCACAGGACAGAGCAACAGAGCGUCAGAACUGAAGGAAAUUGGUGAUUUUAAAUGCUGCACUAAGAAGUAAAUGUUAAGGCAGUGAUUAAAACCAACAGUCUGCAAAGGGGCACUUGCAAAUCAUGUUAAAUGGAAGAAAAGGCAUUAGGGGUAUUUUAUAAAACAGAAACUGUUGCAAUAAUGUGCAGAGGUCGAGGGGAGAAGUGUGGGUACGGAACUCCCUUGAGUGUCCGUGUGAAGAAUCACUGACAGUGACUUCUUUUGAAUGUGAAGUUCUUUGCAGAGACGUGGGAUUAUUUUUCAUACUUAAACUUUGUGCUUUUUCCAGGGUUUAUGUUAACAGUUCAGAUAACAGCAGAGGUAUUUCUAAAUGGCUGUCCUAUGAAGCAGCAAUAGUCACACAGGCCAAGGCCCAUGUCCUUCAAGGUGCCAUCAGAACAACAGGAAAGAUACCCUGUGUCAUGCUGAAGGGAUGGCACAGUGCCCCGUCCCACUGCACAAACCAAUUUGGAUCAUUUCUUAAUAGAGCAGGGCUGUAUUAUCUUGAACAAUGUGUUUGCUUGUUAGAACAUAUUAAGAUGUAUUUAUUUGCCACUAGUAUUUAACAUUUUGUGCACAUUUUCAUAACUACAGUCUUUUCAUGUUUUGAUCUUGGAAUGAAAACAUACACUCCAAGAGCUAGUUCUUAAUUCUACUGAGCUGGAAAAAACUUAUUAUUGUCUCCAUCCUUACUGAUUUGUUCAGAAAAGGUGACACACCUGAAUUGUGAGGUGACCUCUCCACAGAGAGCCCCUCCUCCUCAGUGCAAGACAUUUUCCUAGGUGUCAGGCAGGACUCGGCCCUGGGGACAAGUGGCAGGAGAGAUCCAUAAAGACAGCCAGAACUUUCUGUGCAUGGGACAUGAAUUCUUCACAGAGAUGAUAAUUUUCUUCUUAUCUUUGCUAAAUACAUUCUAUGAAAAACCUUAAUGUUUCUUUUUUUUUUUUAAAUGAAUGGAGAAAACAUGAGAAACCAGAUGGACCUGUUAGAACUACAUUUUUAAGGCAUUUUAUAUUUGAUGGUGCCGAACUUUUAAUAAUACUGAAAUUUUUUAGUGGCAAUGCUGAUUUAUUUUUUAAACCAGAAAGAUAAUACCAUAUUACUUAUUACAAAAAAUGCCAAAAAACAGAUAACCACACUAUUCAUUUGAGGAACACAACAGAUAACUGAGCACUUGGCUCAAGUAUUCAGACUUUCCAUGAUCUUACUAUAUAGGUUUAGAAAUUUCCCAAUAGCCCUCUGCUCAGGAUUGACAAAAGGUUCUGGGUGACAGGUUUAGGACAUUCAAUAUUCACCACUGUGAAUUGUUUUAUAACUCAAGAAGAAAAGGCAGGCAGACUUAAGUCUGGUGAGCUUAAUCCUAACUGUACCAUAAAAUAAUGGAGAACUCUGUAUCAUGAAGUCAUGUGUUUUGUCACACUGGACAAAGCCUGCUCAGGAACUGUAGCAGCAGGGAGCUGCGGGGUGACACACUGCCGCGGUGCCUUGUGCAGGUGGCCCAUGGGGUCCGGCUGGGCCAGCCGUCAUCUUUCCACACCCAACACCAGCAGUGUUGUUCAGGCUUCAGGAACCAAGAACUCCCAAGCCAUGGUGGGAUUACACACGGGUUGUAUGAUGGAGGUCUUUAAGCUUUAGGGCUCUUUGUUUGGAGAGUGAUGGAAAUGACCAAGAAGUAAUAAGGCGAAAGAGUUGGGAGGGAUCAGGGUUUAGUGUAAACAUUUUCUCUCAUGACAAAUUCUCAAAGGGGUUUUGUUAUAAAGCAGAUUUCCAUUUUUCUAAAAAUGGAACUUGGUGGUUCUUUAAGAUCUACCAUGCUGCGACUUCACUCUGCUUUAGUUGCUUAAUAUUUAAGCUUUGCUUCCUGCCACUUUUGGUCUGUAUUUCACAUCUUCACAAGCCUGUUUCACCUUGUGGACUUGAAUGGCAACUGUCUCACGUAAGUAUUCUCAGAGCUAAAUGGUGAAGAAUAUUGUGUAACACUUAUCCAAUAAAGUCUUUGAUUUUUUUAAAAGUUAGUAAUUUAAAAACUGUUUUACUUUGUAAGGGUUAGUUUUUUGUUUUUCAGGAGUUUUUAAAUAUUAUUUUUUGACUAUUAAAAUGUAGUCACUACUGUGCUUUAGGAAGCUUUUUUGAGUAGCAGUGUUUCCUAAGAGCAUAUAGGUUUCUAGUCACUAGGAGGCUUCAUGGGGCCUCUUUAUGCCUAAGAGUAGAGGAAGGGUGAGUUCUGUACAUAAGCCGGCUGCUUUUCUUUCUUUCUUUCU